CUCGUGUUCCAAGCCACAAGAGUCGAAAACACAGACGUACCUCUCGCCUAUGGACAGCGGCGGUGGCAACGUGGCGUGGCGGUUUGGGGCGGCGAACCCAGCGCUAGCUGCGGCCAGCGCACAGAGCAUCCGCUCGCUGGUUCACCGGAUGUACGGCUGCGUGGACAAGAGCGACCCGAGGCCCCUCGCGCCGCUCGGACACGGCGACCCUUCGCCGUUCGCGUGCUUCCGCACGGCUGCCGCGGCCGAGGAGGCCGUCGCGGCCGCCGUCACGUCCGGAAAGCAUAACAACUACCCCACCACCGCCGGCGUCACAGAGGCCUGCAGUGCCGUGGCUGCGUACCUGUCCCGGUACCUCCCCUACAAGCUCUCGACGGGCGACAUCGUCCUCACCGCCGGCUGCAACCACGCCAUCGAGAUCAUGAUGGCCGUCCUCGCCACGCCGGGCGCCAACGUGCUGCUGCCGCGGCCAGGAUACCCAUUGUACGAAGCGCGCGCCGCCUUGGGUGGGCUCGAGUUCCGGCGCUACGAUCUUCUGCCGGAGAAUGGAUGGGAGGUUGACAUUGAAGGUGUGGAGGCCCUUGCCGAUGAGAACACCGUCGCCAUGGUUAUCGUGAACCCCAAUAACCCUUGUGGGUCCGUGUACUCCUAUGACCACUUGGCCAAGAUUGCAGAGACCGCGAGAAAGCUCGGGAUAAUGGUAAUCAGUGAUGAAAUUUACGACCAUUGCGCUUUCGGAAGCAAGCCUUUCGUGCCGAUGGGCGUGUUUGGGGAGAUAGAUCCAGUGGUGACACUGGGAGGCAUAUCCAAGAGGUGGAUGGUGCCCGGUUGGCGGCUCGGGUGGAUUGCCAUGACUGACCCAAAGGGAAUCCUCAGGAAGAAGAAGAUUUUUGAUUCGAUCAUAACCUACCGCAGCAUAUCAGUAGACCCUGCAGCAAUUGUUCAGGGAGCUAUACCCCAAAUCAUUGCAAACACGGAUGAAUCUUUCUUCACAAAUGCCAUGAACAAGAUGAGAGAGGCGGCAGAGAUAUGCUACCAGAAACUGAAGAGCAUCGAGUGCGUCACUUGUCCUCACAAACCAGAGGGAUCCAUGUUUGUCAUGGUAAAGCUGGACAUAUCAUAUUUCGAUGCCAUAGACGACGAUAUCGACUUCUGCUGCAAGUUGGCCAAGGAGGAGUCCGUGGUAAUAUGCCCAGGGAGCGGGCUGGGGAUGAAGAACUGGCUCCGCAUAUCCUUCGCGGUGGAUCCUUCGCUGCUGGAGGAUGGCUUGGAGAGGCUCAAGUCUUUCUGCCUCAGGCAUGCCAAACCCAGCACGAACCAGGGGAGCUGAUCGUGAGGUCUACAACUCUACAUAAAUGAUAUACUAUUCAAUAAUUGGAUGGAUCAUCUCUUUAGAAAAAAUGAAGUUAAUUUGCUCAGGCAUGUGUGCGACUCGCGUCACGCACACCGAUGUAAGGGAGGAAAAGAAAAGGGCGAGAGUUCAGUUGCACUUGCACCUAGCUAUGUCUUAUGUAUCAUGCAUUGAUUGCAACGAAGUCUAUUUGAGUUUAGCAAAAUCAAAGUGAUUAUCAAAAACAAAUAAAGUUCAAUGUUGUUAAACUUGCAAAUUGAUCUGAAGGUGAAAGUGAAUCAUGUACA